CCGCGCUCCGUCAUUCAUUUAACCCGGACGUGAAGCCGCUCCAUAGAAAAAUAUCCGAUACGGUAAAACAACCUGCCUUCAAAAAAAGGUCUGGACCAGAAACAGUAUCUUAUCUUAGAUCAAAACCUGUAUGUGAACUCAACAUAAUCAUUGAAGCUGACCGAAAGAGAAUCGGCUGCAAUGUGAUGAUAGUGCCUGUCUGAUCAACAAUAGGUUGUAAUACUUACCAACUGGAUGACGCACUGAGCAUCUCCUCAACGUUCUCUCAGCGUUCCCCACAUGUUCUCCAGGUUACGCUGAACACCAGUGUGUGCCUGGAUCCUGGCGGCGGCUGUAAAAUAUACACGCGUGUGACCACGCAUUCGUCCUUGAGUGACCUCGCGUGCGCUCUUCAAAGGGGCGCUUUUCUUCCAAAGACUGGUGUAGUGUCCCUACCCAAACCCGACGCUCCAAACUGGCGAUGUCCAGGGUGCCGAGUCCGCCCCCUCCUGCUGAAAUGUCCAGCGGCCCUGUGGCCGAAAGCUGGUGUUACACACAGAUCAAAGUGGUUAAGUUCUCCUAUAUGUGGACCAUUAACAACUUCAGCUUCUGUCGGGAGGAGAUGGGCGAGGUCAUCAAAAGCUCCACCUUCUCAUCGGGGGCUAAUGACAAACUCAAAUGGUGUUUGCGAGUGAAUCCAAAAGGUCUGGAUGAGGAGAGUAAAGAUUAUCUGUCGCUUUAUCUGCUUCUGGUCAGCUGUCCUAAAAGUGAGGUUCGAGCCAAGUUUAAGUUCUCCAUACUUAACGCCAAGGGCGAGGAAACCAAAGCCAUGGAGAGUCAGCGGGCCUAUCGCUUCGUACAGGGAAAAGACUGGGGUUUCAAGAAGUUUAUAAGGCGGGACUUUCUCCUAGAUGAGGCCAAUGGACUCUUACCCGAUGACAAACUGACACUCUUUUGUGAGGUGAGCGUGGUGCAGGACUCUGUGAACAUCUCCGGUCAGAACACAAUGAACAUGGUGAAGGUUCCAGAUUGCCGACUGGCGGAUGAACUGGGCGGAUUGUGGGAACAUUCCCGAUUCACAGACUGCUCACUGUGUGUUGCCGGGCAGGAGUUUCAGGCACACAAAGCCAUACUGGCAGCACGUUCCCCAGUUUUCAGUGCCAUGUUUGAACAUGAAAUGGAGGAGAGUAAAAAGAAUCGAGUAGAGAUAAACGAUGUGGAGGCUGAGGUCUUUAAAGAGAUGAUGUUCUUUAUCUACACUGGCAAAGCACCCAACCUGGACAAGAUGGCCGACGACCUGCUCGCUGCCGCUGACAAAUAUGCUCUGGAGCGGCUGAAGGUGAUGUGUGAGGACGCUCUGUGCACCAGUCUAUCAGUGGAAAACGCAGCAGAGAUUCUAAUCUUGGCCGACCUGCACAGCGCCGACCAGCUUAAGACGCAGGCCGUCGACUUCAUUAACUACCAUGCAUCCGACGUAAUGGAGACCUCAGGAUGGAAGUCCAUGGUUGCGUCUCACCCUCACCUGGUUGCCGAGGCGUAUCGCUCGCUGGCCUCCGCCCAGUGCCCUUUCCUGGGUCCACCCCGCAAACGCCUCAAACAGUCUUAGUGCCGUCCCCUGGCAUUACCUUAUACACGUACACGCACUCACACGACUGCCUACAAGGGGGCGCUAUUUUAGAUUUACAUCCCCCAAGCUCUGACCCUUUAGAUGCCUAAACCAGCUGUUGAUCUGCCCCCCCCUUCACGUUAUCUAGACAGACCACCCUCCAGAGUGCCAGUGACUGCCCGGUAUUGCUGCCCCAUAGAUGGUUUAAUCAACAUUGGGGGAAUGUGGAUGGUGUAGCUGGGGGAACCUUUUCCAAAACCUCUGCAUAAAUGCGGCUGUCUGUCUAGGAGAUAAAUGGAUGUUGUUUGGGUGUAGUAUGGACCUCAAGUUGGAUUGAUGGAUCGAGGUUGAGAAACAGGACUGAAGUGUUUGGUGGGGAUGUUAAACAUAUGAAGUGGAUUGUGGAUGUGAAAAUUUGACAUGAAUCCUCCCACUGGCGCUACCGUGUGCUGUCCUUCACUGUGUCAACCGGUUCGUCGUACCUGCUCAUCCAUUCUUCAAAGGUUAAUAGACAUUCCUCUUAACGUUCACGGACGGAGGGAUUUUUACGGACUGUUUUGUUGACAGGAAUAAAGGACAAACUUUUUAAGGGGUAGCAUGUGUCCUCUAUGACAUCGGCAUUUAGUAGAUUCCUGUGUGACUCGAGAAAACCGAAAGGAGAGAUAGUCACCUUAGUGAACUUUGAUCUGUGUCCCAAGAGAUGUCUUGGGUUACGAAUGGACUUGCUGUGGUUCGGUCUUCUUUCACAGGUGAAAAAAAUGGACAAAUCCGGCGAGGAGUAUAAACAUGUGGAAAUGCUUAUGGAUCUUUUUUUUAUUUUCCUUGUGAUGUUUAUUUGAGAUUUUUUCCUCCUUGUAGCACUUGUGUAUUUGAAUCCAGGCUUUCUGUAUGGAGAAAAAAACAAGAAAAACAAACUUGGCUGUGUUUAAUUUUUUUCCGCUGUUCCUUAACAGACGCAAUAUAAUGUUUAGUUACGGUGAUCUCUCAGUGGAUAUCCAGCUUUCUACUGAUUCAAUUUCUCUCUUUAUAUUUGGUGGUGGUUGAGGAGAUUCCCCCGUUCAUAUGUAAAGCGCUUUGAGUACUGAGAAAAGCGCUAUAUAAAUGUAAGGAAUUAUUAUUAUUAUUAUUAUUAUUUGCUCUGUCAUGGAUUACGCAAAUCGGCAGCUCUUGCUGAACCGGGGAAUAUGUGUUUUUUGAAAUAAAAGCAUCUCUAUCAGACAGCGUAAAGGAGACUCUUUGUUUCCGUAAAAUUAAAUUCAGGGAUUUUGUACAGUGCCAAAAUCACAAACAAUAACAAAUGAGGACCUGAAAGGCUGAAGGACUUUCAGACAAGAAAUUAAGAUGUUUGAUGAAUAAUAGGUGCAAGGAGAAAUGUAAACAAUCUAACAAUGGGUUAUACAUGGAUAGGCAUGGGUUUCAGUAUUUAACUGAGCAGCGCAUACAGUAACUUUAUAUUUACAGCCUUUUAAUGAAUUGCAGUACUUUACUGUAUUUUUUUACUGAUUUACUGUACACUCUAAAAACAAACGGUGCUAGAUAGCACUAAAAUUGGUUCUUGGCUUGUCAUCAUAGAGGAACCGAUGAAGUACUGGUGUAGAACCAUAUUGUGCUAGUAGAACCAAACAUAUAUGUAGUGCUAUAGUGGUGCUAUAUGACCCCCGUAUGGUUCUUCAUAGGUGCUAUAUAGCACUAGAAAUGGUUCCUCUAUGAUGACAAGCUCGUGUGGCAGGAGCGUCACUGAAGCAGCAGUGCUGAGAUCGUUUCGGCGUCGGCUCUAUUUUUGCUGCGUCACGCUUAAUUAAAGUGACAGAGCAUUGUUUAUGGUUUAAAUGGUCGUGGAUUGACACAAAAAGGUUUAAUUUUACCAUAAUAUCAUGAAUGUGACACAAAGUGCGUUUCAAACAGUCAUGAGAAAUUUAAAAGAUUUAAGACAGUGGUUCUCAAACUUUUUCUCCGUGCAGCCCCCCUUAUGUAUGGUGCAUUUCUUCGCGCCCCCCCCCAAAGCUGU